ACCGUGUUUAAAUGUGCUUCAGGUUCAGGUUGUUUUUGUAAGGUACUUGUAAGUAUACUUCAGAUUCUCAGGCACUCUUGAAAGUGUUUUCUGGUUUCCAAGGCACUCGGGUACUUUCCAUUUAAUCAAACAAUCCUUUACAUGUAACAUUUGAUUCCUGCGGUAGAAUUUUACCACUCAAUAGUGUCGGGACAAUAAAAAAUAAUCUUGUUAAAAGACGGCCAAUCACGGUCUCGAAUUCAACAUUCUUGCGUGAUAUUUCGACGCAUUACAUGAGUCAGGUAACGUUUUCUCAUGCUUCUGCUCAUGAGCGCGCACGCAGGCUCGGCGCGCGCGCUCCCGCAGCCCUGUUUGUUUGUGUUGGAGCGAGAGAGCGAGAGAGCUUGGAAAUGGCGGAGAGCGCCGAGCAAAGUGACAACUUGGCUUCGCGACCUGGGCCACCACGACGCCCGCGCAGUCUUGGACAUACACGGGAGUGACACGCCGAGUCGCCCCACCACCACCACCAGCAGCGCGGACUGGAAGACUCCAGGCGGGCCUACGGGGAAUUUUUUAGCGGGGUCCAGCGCGGUCUGAUUGCUUAGCCAAGCUGGCUAGCUGCGGCUAAGCUAACUGACGUUGAGGCUCGCUGGCUUCGAGUCGUGUGUGAUUUCCCCCCCCCUCCCCUUUUCUCCUCCACGCAAGCUUGUUUGUCAACAGACGCCGAUGGCAACUUGCUAGCCAGCUUGCUAAUCACAACAAAAAGCCCAAUUUAGGCGAAUCCUUUUUAUCGGAUGUUACGUGUCAGCCACUGCUGAGCGAGUGUAAAGUUACCCACCUAAAGUUAGCAACAGACAAACACCCCAAAAACAGGCCAACGUUAUCCGUCACGCAAGUUAAGUUAGCUGCAUCUCGGCUAACUGGCUGUUGUUGGACGCCCCGCAAUAGCGGGGAGGCGCGGCGGACUGGGUGGGGGAAGAAAACAACAACCGUGGAGCGGCUGCGAGAGCGCGCCGGGAGGACGACGCCUGCUUGUGCCACAACAAGGUGCAGUGUUCCCCGCAGCGCCCGCCAUGUUGCCAUGUGACGGAGGGACCGCGAAACGACCGUAAGCCACCUGGACUCGCAUCUACUUCGAAGCCCACCUCCUGCUCCACUGACCGGUCGCCAUUUUUGCGCUGGACACAAGCCGGCCGACACAUGACUCAGCCCCUGGUGACCUAGACCACCGUCAGUCAAAACUGAAAAUGAGCGCCGUCGGGGAAAGUCCCCUGGACCCUGACACGGCCGAGUCACGCAAGAGGAAAGGCUCACCAUGCGACACGUCAGCGCAAAGUCUGGAGAAGCGGCGGCGCGAGCUGGAGAGUCGCUACAUCGGCGAGCUGGCGGAGCUGCUCUCCUCCAACAUGGGCGACAUCGCCAGUCUCAGCGCCAAGCCCGACAAGUGCCACAUCCUCAAGAGCACCGUGGACCAAAUCCAACAGAUGAAGCGACGCGAGCUGGAGAAAGCAGCUCUUCGCUCUCCGGAUGACGCGGUGCAGAAGAGCGACAUCUCCUCCAGUAGCCAGGGCCUGCUGGAGAAAGAAGCCCUGGGACCCAUGCUGCUCGAGGCUCUGGAUGGCUUCUUCUUCGUGGUGAAUCGCGAAGGUCGUAUCGUCUUUGUCUCCGAGAAUGUGAUAAGCUACCUGGGCUACCCUCAAGAGGAGCUGAUGAUGUCCAGCGUCUACAGCAUCCUACACGUGGGAGACCACAACGAGUUUGUCCGCAAUCUGCUGCCCAAAAGUCUGGUGAACGGCUCGCCGUGGCCUCAGGAGUCCGCCCACAGGAGCAGCCAUACCUUCAACUGCCGCAUGCUGAAGAGGCCGCCCGACGAGAUGGACUCGGAGAACCAGGAGGCCCGGCAGCAGUACGAGAUCAUGCAGUGCUUCACCGUGUCGCAGCCCCGCACCGCAAUGCAGGAGGAGGGCGAUGACGUGCAAAGCUGCCUGAUCUGCAUCGCCUGCCGGAUGCCUCGUGCCCAGCCUGUCAGCACGGAGUCUUUUAUCACCAAGCAGGACCCGACAGGGAAGAUCAUCUCCAUCGAGACCGGUGCUCUGCGGGCGACUGGCCGGCCCGGCUGGGAGGACCUGGUCCGGAAGUGCAUCUACGCCUUCUUCCAGUCGCAGGGCAAAGAGCCCUCCCAUGCCAAAAAGCUGCUACAUGAGGUGAUGAGCCACGGCGCCGCCAUCAGCCCGCUGUACCGCUUCGCCUUGAGCGACGGAACGCUGCUCAGCGCUCAGACCCGCUGCAAGUUCUGCUGCCCCCCAAACCCGGACGUUCAGCCCUUCAUCAUGGGCAUUCACACUAUUGACAGGGAACACAACACUGGUAGCUCUCAGGAAAACUCGAACCCCAGCCUUCAGCCAACUCUGGGCAACCUCGCCCAGACGCCCUCGCCGGUCCUCGCCACCGGCAGCAACUCAAAACAAACCUCAGGCCCCGCCGCCGCCUCAGCCUCCUCCGCCCCCUCCGCCUCAACGGGGCUUCACCCGGGCAACAGCAGCGUCUCCUCGCAACGACUGAACCCGGCCGCCGGCUACUUGCCGCCCAGCCGGACGCGUCCCCAGCAGGGCAACUGCCCGUCGCCUCUCAGCAGCCCCGCCACAGCCGCCCCUACCUCGUUUAUGUCGGCUGCCGUGUCGCGGGCCAGUCCCGGACUGGCCGGGAGCCCGAGGGUGCCGGGCCUCCACUCGCCAGCGGGUGCACUGAACAGACAACACUCUGGCGGCGACGCUAGCAACGCCACCCAGGUCGGGUCAAAAGUAUGCUUGUCCAGACAAGCCGGGACCCCCACCGGUUUCUCCUCUUCCCGGCCUGGAGCGGAGGGAGGGGUACAGGACUCCGUCAAAGCCCCCCUGCCCUCUAGCACGCCGUUGGCUCAUCUCAGACUUCAUCACUCGCUGGACAGCAACGGGACAGGAAGUGACACGAGUGACGUCCACUGCACCUCGUUGCCUCAUCCCAAACCCUCUCCCGGUCCUCAGUGUCCCGCCUCCCACAGCACACUGACGGAACGGCACAAGAUCUUACAUCGACUGCUCCAGGAUAGCAACGACUCACCCACCCCUGCCGCCAUCACCACCACCUCCACCGCCACCACCUCCACCUCAUCCUCCUCCGCCACUGCCACCACGUGUGAGGACAUCGUCAACAGAAGCGAGGUGGAGAUCAAAAAAGAGCCGCCAUCCAGUCCCCUGGUGAGCGCGGCGCUGCAGCGCUCGACUUCCAGAGAGCCGCAGGACCAUCAGCUGCUGCGCUUUCUGCUCGACACGGACGAGAAGGAUUUGGGAGACCUCCCUCCCCCCUCGGCUCUAAGCCUGCAGACGGUACGAGUGAAGGUGGAGAAGCGAGGCGCCGGGGAGGCGUGCGCGGCCGCCGUGGGUGCGGGCCUCGCCUCCAAGACGGGCGGCCCGGGUUGCGUCAGCCCCAAAUCGAGUCCCAUUGGGGAGAGACGGCGAGACAGCCGGCGAGACAGCCGGCGAGAUAGCCGAGACUCGACGAUGUCCAGCGGCGCCUCUGACACAGAGGCCCUGGUCCAGCUGCCCCCUGCCCCGAGAGGCCAGAGUGUGGCCAAGCAAGGUGCCGACGACGCCGCCGUCGCUGCCGCCGCAGGCCCCCAGCUCCACUCUCCGGCCCCCCACACCCCGGGGCAGCUCCAAUCCCCGGGGCCUCCGCUGCAGUCUCCGCUGUCACAGCCCCGCUUGCAGUCGCCGUCGCCGCAGCUCCACUCGCCGUCGCCCAAGCUCAAGCUGCAGUCGCCCACCCAACUGCAGCCCGGCGGCGGCGGCAUGAAGAGGGAACCACCUGGCACUCCGAACAGAGCCAGUAAUGAUGGCGGCCCCGCUUCAGCCUCCAAUCUCCAGAAUCAGUCGGCCUUCGAUUUUUGCAGUCCCUUGACUCCGAGCCAGGUCCAAGGAAAGGGGCAGGGAGACCUCUUCCAGGCCCCCAAAGACAGCGGCAGCCCCUUCCCCGAGGCAGAAAUUGUCAACCCAUUCAACUCAAGCACUGGCCCGACCAAGUUGGACUUGGCUGACUCGCAGUUCCAGCCUCUUUCUCUGUCGGACUCGUUGUCCUUCGAUGCCCUGGGAACGCCGUUGCAAGCGCCCCUCACCUCGCCCCAAGAGCAGCGCGUACCCUGUACGCUGGAUGAAGUCCUGGGUCCGCCGCCCACGCCCGAGGCCCGGAAUGACGAGAAGGCUCUGCUCGAGCAGCUGGUCUCCUUCCUCAGCGGCACUGAUGAAAGUGAACUGGCCGAGUUAGACAAAGCCCUGGGCAUCGAUAAGCUGGUGCAGGGUGGCUGCUAUGACCUCAUGCCCCAAAGCUUCCCAACUCAGCAAGUCACUGCCACCGGACUUUCUCUGGACCCCAAGCUGCCCUCCUACACCUCCCAGUUCACGCCGCCCGCUCAGUUUCCGGCCGAACUGGCCACCAUGGGGCAGCAGCAGGCGCUGGGCUACGGGGCCGCCCGGGGGACGUUCCUCGGCGGGGCUCCCGCGGCCGUGGCGGGUCUCCGGCCGGGCAUGAGCCGUCCUCCGCAAGGGAUGGGCCCCCAGCCGCGGCUGCCACCCAACCAGCUCCGGCUGCAACUCCAGCAAAGACUGCAGGGUCCUCAGCAGCUCCAGAACCGUCUGGCACUGAAUACGUUCCCUGGAGGAGGAGGAGGAGGAGGAGGAGGAGGAGGAGGCCAGCACAUGAACAUGGCUGUUCGUCUGGGGGCGCCGCAACCUCAAAUUCCUUCACAGCCUCCAUUAAACGCUCAGAUGCUGGCUCAGCGUCAGAGGGAGCUGUACAGCAUCCAGCACCGCCAGCGUCAGCUUUUCCAGCAGAAGGUCAUGCUGAUGAGACAGAACAUGGCCUCCGCCGCCCCCAUGGGGGGCACCGGCUUCGCCGCCCCGGCCGCAGUCGUCGCCAGGGUCCCGAAAGGGGCCAACAAUAACAACAAUAACAACGCGUCAGCGCCUCAGCAGCAAGCGCAGUUCAACUUCAGCGCCGGCUACAUCCCGGUUUCGGGGAACCCUCCUACCUCACCCGGUCAAUUCAGUGGCCCCAUGCCGGGCGGGGCGCCCAUCCCCGGGAGCCCCCUGGACGGCAAACUGAAUAGCCAGACAACGUUGCUAGGCGGCGUACAGGCUCCUCCCUUCGGUGGCGGCUCCCCGAUGCAGCAGUUUGCGGGCGCAGCCAUGGCCCAGCUGGACCCGCCUUUUCCUCCUGAGAUCAGACCCUCCAGUCCACUGUUGUCGCCUCAGAACUCCACUUCCCAGAGUCCUCUGCUCCAACAAUCUCCACCCCCUGGCUACCAGUCUCCAGAUAUGAAGACCUGGCAGCAGGCCAGCAACAGCCUGUUCAGUCCGUCAUCGCAGCACGGCGGGGGAGGGACGUUUGGCCAGCAGGGGGUGUACAACAACAUGAGCAUCACAGUGUCCAUGGCGGGGGGCUCGGCCGGCGUGGGCUCCUUACCUUCCUUGGGGCAGCCGGUCGGCGGCCUGAACAGCAGCGGCGGCGGCGUAGGCCCGCUGUGUGGCGACCAGCAGGUGCAGCAGGUUCAGCAGUUGCAGCAGGUGCAAGUGUUCGCCGACGUCCAAUGCACCGUCAACCUGGUCGGGGGCGACUCAUAUCUGAGUCAGGGUUCCAUAGCAGCCGCCGCCCAGAAGGGUUCCGGACCCCCGCAGGGCCCCCAGACCAGCCAGGCCCAGCAGAAGAGCCUUCUCCAGCAGCUGCUCACCGAGUGACCCCCGUAGCCACCUCAAACCGUCAGCAGACAGACCACCACUCCCACUUCACUCGUACGCCUCCUCCGGACUCGUGACAGCCUCACCUAACUUCAGGAUGGAUGGACGGCGUCUGGCCGCGGGUGGCGUGUAACCACUUCCCGCGCCGCCGACGCCCACGAGGACGGGCUGGCGUGGGAGGGCGCCGGCGAGCUGCCUGUCUGACAACCUGUCUGUCUGCCUCAGCCUAUUGAAUAGGCAGUGUUGUCUUUGCUGCUCAUCAACCCCCCACCCCAGCGAUCACCCACCCACCUGCUUCCUGGUUUCUGUCCAAUCAGGACACGGGAGUACCUCGCAGGGGCGGUGCCCCCAUCGUCUGGGCUUUUCCGUUCGCUUUUCCGGGAAUGUGACGACAGAAGCUCGGUAUCAGCUGGUUCUGCGACGCUCUCUCUUUGUCAGCUACACAGUGCCUGGUGGAAGUUUGAGCUUCUUCUCCUUCGUUUUUCUUCUUCCACACACACACGAUUAUUCGAUUUGAUUUUUAAUUUUUGAUGUUUUUCCUCGUUGUCGCUCUGCUCUCUUCAUCAUCGUCAUCUCGAUCUGACAACAGCCCGCAAAGGGCACGGUGAAGAUUUUAAGGAUGGGAGACAGACGGGAUGCUGCUCACUUUUUAUUUUGAAACUCUUUACUCUCUUAUUUGUUUUUUUUUUUGUAUUGAGUAUAAAAGACAAAACCCGUGAGAGACUGUUGGGAUCAUUUAUCAGUCGCGUGUUUAUUAGCCCUCACCUCAGCAGCUGUGAAUAUGAGGCCGGCUCGGCCUCCCCUCUCUCUUUUGAUUCUCUCAUUUUCUAUCCCGCGCUAACUCGGCCUAUCAGUGUUGUUUGCCACGCUGGUGUGUGUGUGGCGUUGUACAGUACAGAAGGAAGGACAUUAAAGGGUGACUCAUGACAAAAAAAAUAAAUGGAAAAUGCCCCUUUCACGCCGUGCCGGCAAGUCGAAGCAAGGAAACAAGUUUCUUUUUAUGUUUGCCUGAUUCGACUGCCCUCUUAAGGAUUCUCGAUGUAACACAGGGAUUAAUCAAGAUGGCGACAAACAUCAGCUCUCGAUGCAAAAAUUGUCACAAAUUCAGUCAUAUUUCCCCGAAUACGGCACGAACAUUCAGCCACCGUUUUACAAACUCAACAAGUUAUCCUGGCACCGUCCCUUUCACGCGGUGCUGACAAGGCAAAAUAAGCACCGGUGCUAUGACAUUUGACUAAAUCCGGCACCAGUAAUGGAAUUCAGACUUCCUAUUUGGUAUUGACCAAAGCAGCUUUGGUCCCUCCUUAGUGCAAAAGGGGUAAUAAACAAAACGGCUAUUCACGUCUCGCUGGUGUUUUCGCACCGGUGGUUCUUUUGUUUUUUGUUUUUUUUUCCCUGAAUCCGGCACAAGCACUCGAGCCCUAUUUUACCUACCCAAGAUGGCCACCGGCUCCGUGUGAAAGGAGGCUAUAAAUGCAACAGUUAUCAGAGUCAUACCGUACUGAUAUUUAAAAAAAUAAAUAAAAAUUGCAUCGGAGGAGGAAGUAGUUCCCUGCCCCUCAAAAAAAUGUGAAGAACUUCAUGCAAAUGUUCAAAUAUACCCCAACCCUACAUGGCUGUUUUUGUAGUUUUAAAGCCUUCAAGGAAGCACUUCAGGCACCGCGCCGAAUCAGGUGCGUAUUUUUGAGGUCGUAAUCGGCGGCAAACAUUCUCUCACGCGCCGGCCAAACCGGUUUGUUCAUCUUUUCAUGCCUUGGGUAUUCGCAUCCUGCACUUCAGACUCCCUCAAAAUCGAACGCCACCACCAUGAGAUGUCAUUCCGCGCCCUACCUCAGAGCACUUUUAUGUUACUUGGAUUUUCUUACAAUUACCUCAUCCUCCUCUUUACCAGACACGCAUGGUGCCUGGUUUUCGGACCUCGUUUCACACUGUGAACUCAGCAGUUUCUUCUUCGGUUAUUUUGUUCUUAUUUUAUUUUUUUUACAGUUUUUAUUUUUUGUAUUCUGGUAACGCAGUCUCGAGCUAGCAAAACCGCAACAUGCUCUUUUCGCACAACUUUAGAGACAACUUUUUUUUUUUUCCUUUUGACGACCAUUUCUCCACUUUGCCGAAUUUUUCUAUUUGAACCACUAUGUGGACAAAAGUAUUGGGCCAGGCCGGAAAAAGCUGUGUCCCAAUACUUUUGUCCAAAUAGCGCAGGGGUGGGAUAAGGGUCCUAAAAUUGGUUCUUUAAGAUGCUGUUAUUUUUCUUAAUCGUUGUCAUUAAAAAAAAAGUAAAUAUUA